ACGCUCGACGUCCGUUUGCAUUGAGGGGUCCUACAUGUGCAUGGUUUGGAAACAGAAGAGAAAAACACUGAAUAGUUCAAAUAAUUAGGAAAAUAGCGAUACAAAUUUGAAACUACCGCUCGUUUUGCACAUCAAGGGAAUGGAGGUAGUUCUGCACGAGGAUAAGAAAUACUAUCCUACAGCAGAGGAAGUGUACGGGCCGGAGGUGGAAACUUUAGUCCAGGAAGAGGACGCACAGCCCCUCACAGAACCCAUCAUCAAGCCUGUAAGGAACAAGCAGUUCACUCUGAUGGAACAGGAGCUACCUUCCACUGUUUAUGACAUGGAGUUCCUGGCUGACCUAAUGGACAGUCCCGAGCUGAUCCGUAAYGUCACCCUGUGUGGCCACCUGCACCACGGAAAGACGUGUUUCGUGGACUGCCUGAUUGAACAGACACACCCAGAGAUCAGGAAGAGAGAUGACAUGGAUCUCCGUUACACAGAUAUCCUCUUCACUGAGCAGGAGCGAGGGGUUGGUAUCAAGAGCACCCCCGUCACAAUGGUUCUUCCAGACUCCAGAGGCAAAUCCUUCCUCUUCAACAUCAUGGUGAUGUUGAACACAGAGCGUCUGAUCAAGCACGCAGUCCAGGAGCGUCUGGCCAUCACCAUCUGCAUCAACAAGGUGGACCGCCUCAUCGUGGAGCUCAAGCUGCCCCCUACAGACGCCUACUACAAACUACGCCACAUAGUGGACGAGGUCAACGCCAUGCUCAGCACCUACUCUACAGACGAGAACCUGGUGGUGUCUCCUCUCCUGGGGAACGUGUGUUUCGCCAGCUCUCAGUACUGUGUUUGCUUCACCCUGGGCUCCUUCGCCAAGAUCUACUCCGACACCUACGGUGACAUCAACUACACAGAGUUUGCCAAGAGGCUGUGGGGAGACAUUUAUUUCAACCCCAAAACGCGCAGGUUCACUAAGAAAGCCCCCACCAGUAACACCCAGCGUAGCUUUGUGGAGUUUGUGUUGGAGCCUCUGUACAAGAUCCUAUCCCAGGUGGUGGGUGACUGUGACACGUCUCUGCCUCGGGUGCUGGAUGAGUUGGGGAUCCACCUGAUCAAAGAGGAGCUGAAGCUCAACAUCAGACCGCUACUCAGGCUGGUCUGUAAGCGCUUCUUUGGAGAGUUCACUGGCUUUGUGGACAUGUGCGUGCAGCAUAUCCCCUCACCACAGGGGGGCGCCAAGAACAAGAUAGAGCACAGCUACACUGGAGGACUGGACUCRGACCUGGGGGAGGCCAUGGCAGAAUGCGACCCUGAUGGUCCUCUGAUGUGCCACACCACUAAGAUGUACAGUACUGAGGACGGGGUGCAGUUCCAUGCGUUCGGCCGGGUGCUGAGCGGUACCAUCCAGGCGGGCCAGCCAGUCAAGGUGCUGGGAGAGAACUACACUCUGGAGGACGAGGAGGACUCGCAGGUCUGCACGGUGGGACGUCUCUGGAUCAACGUCGCCAGGUACCAGAUAGAGGUGAACCGUGUGCCUGCCGGYAACUGGGUUCUCAUUGAGGGCUGUGACCAGCCCAUCGUCAAGACCGCCACCAUCACCGAGCCCCGRGGGAACGAGGAGGCCCAGAUCUUCCGGCCGCUCAAGUUCAACACGGCGUCUGUCAUCAAGAUCGCUGUGGAGCCAGUCAACCCGUCAGAGCUGCCCAAGAUGUUGGACGGACUGCGGAAGGUCAAUAAGAGCUACCCCUCCCUCACCACCAAGGUGGAGGAGUCAGGGGAACAUGUGAUCCUGGGUACUGGGGAACUCUACCUGGACUGUGUCAUGCACGACCUGCGGAAGAUGUACUCUGAGAUCGACAUCAAGGUGGCUGACCCCGUGGUGACCUUCUGUGAGACGGUAGUGGAGACGUCGUCUCUSAAGUGCUUUGCCGAGACGCCGAACAAGAAGAAUAAGAUCACCAUGAUUGCCGAGCCUCUGGAGAAGGGCCUGGCUGAGGACAUAGAGAACGAGGUGGUGCAGAUCACAUGGAACAGGAAGAAGCUGGGAGAGUUUUUCCAGACCAAGUAUGACUGGGAUCUCCUGGCUGCCAGGUCUAUCUGGGCCUUUGGSCCCGACACCACCGGGCCUAACAUCCUGGUAGAUGACACCCUGCCUUCUGAGGUGGACAAGGCUCUGCUGGGCUCGGUUAAGGACAGCAUCAUCCAGGGCUUCCAGUGGGGCACCAGGGAGGGGCCUCUGUGUGACGAACCUAUCAGAAACGUGAAGUUUAAGAUCCUGGAUGCGGUCAUAGCGCAGGAGCCUCUACACAGAGGAGGAGGACUGGUCAUCCCCACAGCCAGGAGAGUGGUGUACUCUGCCUUCCUCAUGGCCACCCCCAGGUUGAUGGAGCCCUAUUACUUUGUCGAGGUCCAGGCCCCAGCUGACUGUGUGUCUGCUGUGUACACUGUACUGGCCAGACGGAGAGGUCAUGUGACCCAGGACGCCCCCAUCCCCGGGUCUCCCCUCUACACCAUCAAGGCCUUCAUCCCAGCCAUCGACUCGUUUGGCUUCGAGACUGACCUGAGAACACACACACAGGGACAGGCCUUCUCCCUGUCCGUCUUCCACCACUGGCAGAUUGUCCCUGGUGACCCCCUGGACAAGAGCAUCGUGAUCAGGCCACUGGAGCCCCAGCCUGCCCCUCACCUGGCCAGAGAGUUCAUGAUCAAGACCCGCCGGCGCAAGGGUCUGAGUGAGGAUGUGAGCAUCAGCAAGUUCUUCGACGACCCUAUGUUGUUGGAGCUGGCCAAGCAGGACGUGGUGCUCAACUACCCCAUGUGAGGUGUCCGGAGACGGGGAGACAACGACCGGAGUGCUACCCUCCUCCACCAGCACCACAACCAACAUCCCCACACCACACUGUAUGGGGCUAUAAACCCCACUGAGGUGGGUGGASAUUGUCACAGAGGGAAGCGGAGUCUGCCAGUUUUGUUUCCUGCUUUCAUAUUGGUGAUUUAUGUGGACUUUGUUAACCAGGUGAGRUCACUUACCCUCAUCAAUGACGUAAGUUAAUCAAUGAAGCACUGAUAUGGAACCCAACGGACGCUGCAAUCUCCUGUUAAGACUUUGGCCACCCGUGCUCUCCUUGUAGGAGGGACUGUUAUUAUGAUAGGACUGCAUCUACAGUUGUAGGGGCGGCCGGGAUAGCAACAUCUCUGACACCUCUCGUCAUCAGCGCAAUGAAUAAUACUGCUGAGGUGUUUCCCCUCAUCAAUGUCUUGUUUAUUUUUUUUGACAUGUAUAAAUUCCCAAAUGUUUUGUAGAUGUACGAUGACUUGAAAGCAGGCUUGAUUUGUUUUUACUUUUUUAAAUUAUGAAAUUGGAUAUCUUGCGUCUGUUUUGAGUAAAAAAAUAAAUAUGCUUGUGAAAUCA